AUGCCUCGAGCGGAGGAGGAGGUGCGGAGUACGGCGGCCCUUCUCACGGAGCUGCAGCGCCUCCGCAGCGACCCGGUGCUCCGGCCGUACGUGGGCGGCAGUGCGCUGCGCCCGCCGACGCUGAGGGCGGCGGAGGGAACGCCCUCGCGACGGGAGGAGGGCGCGGAGUCCCUCGUGGCGUUUCAGACGCGCCUGAGCCGCGAGGAGGAAACUCGUCUGCGGAACUCACUAGAGGCCCAGCGAGCGUUUCAGCAGGCGCUGCAGUCGCUGGCGGCCUGCCGCGCCAUCCCCGGCGCUGCUGCGGAGGGACGCACAAGAACAGAUCCUCCUCCUCCUCCUGCUGCUCCUGCUGCGGGGCCCGCGGGGCUCUCGUUUGCCCCGCGCAGCGAGUCGGCGGUGGGGGAAAGGGCAGCGGAGAGGCUGCAGGACGCCGCGGCGACGAUGCAGGAGAAGUUAGCGUUGCGAGACCGCACGAUUCAACGGCUGCAGACGGAACUAGACGAAACACGAGCCAUGUACGAGGCUGAAAUCGCUCGCAUGCGGGCGGCCCACGCGCAGUGGAGGCACGAGGCAGAGCGGGAGGCGGCGGAGCUGAAGACGCAACUGACGCAAUGGGAUCUUGUAGGACAUUCAACUGUCAGCGCAACCGCGGACUCGGCGGAGUUCCUGGAGGCGCUCGAAUUCAAGGAACGCCUGCUGCAGGAGAUGCAGGACGCCUUUCAGCGCGCAUCGGAGGAGUGGAAGAGCGACACCGCGCGCACCGUGGCGGAACUCCGCCUGACCGCAGAGCAGGAAGUGCGCGGCGUGGUUAACAAAGCCAAGGGUCUCGUGGAGGAGUUGCAGACGGCGCUGAGCGCAUUGGCCACCUGUCGCCCUUGCCCCACCGCGCCCCUCACUGCGGACGUGGCGGAACGCCUGUUGCAGGAGGAGGCCACGUUGUUGUCAUCGUGGGAGGAAAAACUCCGUGAACACGUGCGCACGGCGGUGAGGCGUGCCGUGCGGGGCCGCGUGAAGGAGCUUCUUCGCCCGCUUGUGGAACGGGAGCUGCCGCGCCUUCGGGAGCUCGGCGCGCCACGCCAGCCCAGCCCUGCCCACGCCGCUCUCACAGCGGGGCCGGCGCGAGGGGCCUCCCCGCCGCCCGUCUUGAUAUCGUCGCCGUCACCGGACGCAGUGCGCUACGGGGAGGCGCCGGCGCUCUUGCGGCAGGAACGACGAGCCCCGCCACAGCGCCGCGAGUUUUCUGCGGAAAGUGCCACGGCGGCGACGGUGCUGGGGGCGGUGGCGCAGCACGUUACCGCGGAGGAGCAGCUGGGCCCGCAUGCUGGCACUGGACGGCCGUCCUGGUUGAAACGUUUCUGCUACUAA